CCCCUGACUAACCAUUAACAGUGGUGUGAUUCACCCAAAACAGUAUAAAAGAAGUGCGUUGGUUCGUACUUUUUAGUUAUUGUGUCGAAGUGGUGGCAGUAAAAGUUCAUAUUUAUUAAACAUGUCACUGUUAUUGAAGUUUGCAAUUUCAAUUCUAUUAGUAUUUUUGUCAAAUACAAUAGAAAUUGAAAGUGUUGAGCAGAUAUAUUCAUUAGAAACUAGAUAUAUUGAAGUACCUGUAGAUCAUUUUUCUGCACUUCCGUCGCCGAAGUAUUUCAAAUUGAGAUAUCUAAUAAACUCCAAGUACCAUGUUCGAGGAGGACCAGUGUUCGUUUACACUGGUAACGAUGGUGACAUUUCCAUUUUCGCUCAAAACACAGGAUUCAUGUAUGAUAUUGCACCCGUUUUCAACGCUCUUCUCGUUUUCAUCGAACACAGAUACUAUGGACAAUCACUGCCCUUUGGAAAUUCAACGUUUUCGUCUCCAGAUAAUAUGCAAUAUUUAACUUCCACCCAAGCACUUGCAGAUUUCGCAUUCGUAAUCGAACAUCUGAAGAAGAGCUUCUUUGAAAAUGUUAUAUCCUACGAUACUCAUCCGUUCGUUGCUUUUGGAGGAUCAUACGGAGGAAUGUUGGCCGCCUGGUUAAGAAUGAAAUAUCCCUAUUCAGUUAUAGGAGCUAUUUCAUCUUCGGCACCAAUGUUCUACUUUCCUGGAAUGACAAGCUGCGAGCUAUUUUAUGAUAAAGUUACACAAGUUUUUGAAAAAUAUGGACACGAUCAAUGUGUUAAGACCAUUAAAUUAGGGUGGGACGUCAUCAUCAAUUUGUCAAAAACAAAAUUAGGAAUGGAUUUUAUAUCUACUACAUGGAAACUAUGUGGAAAACUAAAAAAUUCCGAAGACACCGAAAUGUUAUUGAAUUGGUUAGGCAACAUAUACGUUAAUAUCGCAUUGACAAACUACCAUUAUCCAACAGAUUUCUACACACCUUUACCAGCUUAUCCAGUGAAGGUGUUCUGCGAUAAACUCACUACUUCAUACUUCAACGAUACCAAAGGUUUGAUAGAACAUUUUAGUCAUGCCUUAGAGAUAUAUACCAAUUACACUGGAAAACGAGUAUGUAAUAAUAUAAAUAGCUCAAUCGACGAUUACACCGAAUUUGCUUGGGAUUACCAACAAUGCACAGAACUCGUAAUGCCUAAAUGUUCAACAGAUGCUGACAUGUUCAUCACUAAGCCUUGGGAUUUCGAAAAAUACUCUAUGAAUUGUUUUAAGAAGUUCGGGGUCAAAACUUUUGAACCUGAUUGGGCUGUAAUAGCUUACGGAGGAAAAAAUUUGAGACACUAUUCGAAUAUUGUUUUCAGUAAUGGUAUGAUGGAUCCAUAUUCAUGUGGUGGCGUAACGGGUAAUAUGUCUGCCUCAAUCUGGGCGUUUAAUAUUUCUGACGCUCCACACCACAUAGAUUUGAGAAACUCCGAUGUUGCUGACAAUAAUUACGUUUUUUCAGCAAGAGCAUUUCACAUUCAAGCCAUCAAACAGUGGUUAAAUAUGGUUUAAACUUAAUUUACUGAAUUUGUAUAUUACAGAUCGCAUUAUUUUUACUACAACUGUUGCCUAAAAGCGAGUUUAGAACUUAAUUCAAAUAAAAUUUAGCUUUGUAAAAUUAAUUUAGUUGAGUGUCAAAAACGCUGUGUUUUCACUUAUAUUAGAAAUUUAAUAUUAAGUGAUGCAAUGUUAAAAUGAGAAAACAUUUUUAUUACUUUAUUGAAAUAAAAAUAUACCGGUAC